AUGCAUGAUUUUUAUAUUCGUGUCAAUAGUCAUAUUGGACUUGCUUUUGUCUUUAUUUUCUCUUAUCCUAUCCUCAUCAAAGGCGAUUGUGGAAGAAAUGGUUACAACGGUGAUAAUGAAAGGCGCGUGAUGUGUUAUAAUCCUGAACUGUCGUACAAGAUGGCGAUUCUCUCAGCGGUAGCAUAUGAUCAAUCUCACCCUCAGCAUUGUCUUGAUCAAUACCUGCCAUCAACCAAAUUUCAACUUCAAACAGUUGUUACAAAGAAGUGUGACUUCCUCGAUAACAAGUGUGCUGGUUAUGUAGCGGUUUCGCAUUCUUUGCGAGUGUUGGUCGUCGCGUUUCGCGGAACUGAAAGCACAUGUCGACUUAUCAAUGAAUUGGUAGCGACCAUUCUUACCCCACCCCAAGAUUUUCUUAAUGGCAAAGUUCAGGCCUAUUUCAAGACGGCCUUUGAAGAUUUAUGGCAGUGCAUGGAGCUGAAAGUGAAAGCUCUAGUUUCAAAGAAUCCCUCGUAUGAGGUCUGGGUUACAGGGCAUUCUCUUGGUGCUGCCUUAGCGUCCUUGGCGAGUGCAUCGCUUGCUUCUUACAACAUCGCUGCACGUCAAAACAUCAUCUUAUACACGUUUGGGAGCCCACGAGUUGGCGACUACAAAUACUCUCUGCAACACGAUCAGUUAGUCAACAACAGUUGGAGGGUUGUAAAUUUUGACGACAUAGUGCCUCAUCUUCCUCCCUUGAUCCUACCGACCAUAAAAUCUGGUCCCUAUCACCACGGUGUUGAGGUGUUUUACAGCGAAAAGGCCAUCAGUGUGGAUUCUGCACACAGGGAAUGUUAUGGAACACCGCACGACGAGGACAAAUCAUGCAGCCGCAGCAAACAGCCCUUAGAUUUACCAGAAUCCAUUACGCGACAUAAAAAUUACUUUAACAUUACAUUUGGAACCUUCUGUAAAGAAUGUUCGAGCCUACAAGAAAAGGCGUUCGAAUUUCGAAAAGAAAGUUGUACAUCCUAUAUUUAG